AACAAAAAUAAGCAGUAAAAAGCGAUUUGCUCACGCUAACAUAACAAACUAGCCGUUGUUUGUUAUUUUUUAAAUAAUUACCUUAUAUAAAUAUCACACUUAAUAAUGUUGCUCGACUAGUAAAUUUAUCAGGGUAAAAAAGAAAAUAUUAUAUAAUUUUGAAAGAGAAUUUCUUUCACUUUCGUUAUCACAAUUUUGUAAUGUAAGUCUGUCAACAGUUCUCGAUCGAGUACCUUAAUGCUCGAUCGUAUUUUAUAACAUGGAAUCUGUGUUUAAUUAUUUUCGUUUUCGAUACAUUCUUACACUGUGUAUCAGCGGUACCAUAUUAGGCAUUUUUAUAUUCGGCUAUCUGUGUUCUGAACAAGUAUGUGCAUUUAAUAGUUGGACUUAUUCACAAACUCAACCUAGUCAAUGGAAUAGAUUUAGCCUCAGAAAUGUGGUUGAUAAUAUGGGUAAACCUCUUUCGUUUUUAUCACACCCUUCGCUUGCGAAAUCAGAUGUUUACAAUUCCAAAAGUAAACUUUCAUUUGAGGACAUGCUAAAUGAACCAGACUUCGAGUUUGACAUAAAAGGUUCAGACGUAAUUGUGUUUCUUCAUAUUCAAAAAACAGGUGGCACAGCUUUUGGUAGACAUUUAGUAAGAAACUUGGCAUUAGAAAGGCCAUGUUCUUGUUUGAAAGGGAAAAAAAAGUGUAAAUGUUCUAGACCUCAUUCAGAAGACAGAUUAUGGCUGUUUAGUCGGUAUUCCACUGGCUGGAAAUGCGGUCUUCAUGCAGAUUGGACUGAACUGACUAAUUGUGUUGACAGUGCUAUGGAUCAAACUGAGAAAGAGUCUUCAAAACGAAGGUACUUUUAUAUUUCUUUGUUACGAGACCCAAUUUCUCGUUUUUUAAGCGAAUAUAAGCAUGUGCAAAGAGGAGCGACUUGGAAAACUGCAAAACAUCUUUGUAGUGGACGAACUCCAACUAAGGAAGAACUACCUCCAUGCUUUGAAGGCAAAGACUGGAGUGAUGUUACAUUAGAAAAUUUUAUGAACUGCAAAUCCAAUUUGGCUGUGAAUCGCCAAACGAGAAUGUUAGCCGACUUGACUUUAGUUGGAUGUUAUAAUCAAUCUGUGAUGACAGAAAGACAAAGAAAUGUCAUAAUGCUUGCCAGUGCCAAACAAAACUUACAACGCAUGGCCUUUUUUGGUUUAUGUGAAUUUCAAAAGAUAACACAAUAUUUAUUUGAAAAUACUUUUCAUCUUAAGUUCCUUCAACCAUUUCAGCAAUUGAAUGAAACUCAUAGCAGCUUGACUCUUUCUGAAAUUAAUGAAAAUGAUUUACAAAAGAUCAAAGACCUGAACAAACUAGAUAUUGCACUGUAUGAAUUUGCAAAAUCUUUACUCAUGCAAAGAUAUAACCAACUGAAGAAAUUUAAAUCUUCAAUUGAAAAUUUCAGUAAUGAUGGGAAUGUAAUUGACAGAAUGUUUGAUUAUGAUGCUUAAAAUAUAUCUUGUAAUUUAAGCAAUUGUAUUAUUUAUAAGCCAUAUUGGCUUGAUAUAAUUUUAUUCAAAUUAUCAUCAUUUGAUGUAAUGGUAUUUUGAUAAUAUAACUGACUUCUAUUUAAAUUUUUAGUUAGAAAAGUUUUUUUUUAUUGCAUAAUUGCCAAGAAAAAAUCAUUGUUGCUUCUUACAUAAAUUGACUAGGUUUCUUACCUAUAAAUGUGUUUUCAUUUAUUUUUUUAACAUGCAUGUUUUUAAUUUAAUGUUAUAAUUGAUUUCUUGUAAAAUCUCUUGUUUAAAUCAAAAUAUUUUCUUAUGGUAUCAAUAUUUUUAUGUUGUAUUUUUAAUGAAUAACAAGUAUACUAUUGUGCUUUAGGAAAUUAUAUUUAUUUUAAAUAAAAUAUAUUUAAGAUUGAAGUACAAAAGAAUUGAGAAUAUUUUUCAAUCCUAACUAUUAAUAAAAUGUGUGUUUUUAUUCUUAUUUAUUUCUGUUAUAUUUAAAAAAUGUAAACAGUCAGUGGCAAGGGUUUCAUAAUGCAGGAGAGAACUAAAAUGUUCUAGAAUCUCAGUGAUGAAAAAAAAAGUAAUUUACAUAUAUGUUCUAGGAAGGUUCCAUAGAGUUUAGUUUUUCACUAAUUGUUUUAAUAAAAAUCUAAAAUAAAUAUUUUUUUUACAGCUUCUAAGAUUUUUUACAAAGUGCUUCUAAAAUAAUUUGCAUCUUUUGAAAUGAUAAUUACUAUUAUUGAUUGAAUCUUUUAUUUAUUACUCCAUGGUUUAAGAUUUGACAGGUAAAAAGUGAUAAUUAAAACUGUAAAAAAUCGAGGCAAUUAGAAAAUGAUACCAAAACAUUUGAAGAUUCAUCCAAUUGUUAUCAAAAAAAAAUUUCAUUAUUAGUAUAGUUGCAAUAAAAAAGAUUUUUUAUUUUGUUACUUUUUUAAUUAGUUUUUUUUUAAAUAAAUUUUUAAGCAUUAAUUUUUAAUAAUAAGACAUGUUUUGUUAAAUGAUACCUUAUCAUCAAAAGUUAGUUGAAGACAAAGAAAUAUAUAUAGAAAAAAUCCAAAAUGAGGAGGCAUUAAGUCACUUAUAGUUUUUUAUGUAUUAAAAUUUUUUAUCAGCUUAAAAAAAAAUGAAUUUUUUUUACAUACAUAUUAACAAAAUAACAGAAUUUGAACUUUAUUAUUGAUUUAUGAUUUUGUUUCUAACUGAAAUUAUUUAUAAUUAUAAUUUUUUACAUUUCCUUCAUGCAUAAUAUAAAUGUAUGUAUUACAUUGACAUAAUAAUUUACACUGCCUUUAAAAAUCAUUAAUAAAGUACUAUGAUAUUACAAUC